ACCCGUGGAUGUGGGAGAUUAUCCUCGUUUUCAUGUCGAGUCGGUGUUGACGCUGUUUGUGACAGAAAAAAUGGGAAACGCCGACAGUAAACUUCAUUUUAGGAAGGCGGUGAUUCAGCUCACAACGAAAACACAGCCCGUAGAGGCGACCGAUGAUGCCUUCUGGGACCAGUUCUGGUGUGAAACCUCCACCACGGUCCAGGACGUCUUCGCUCUGGUCCCAGCGGCCGAGAUCCGAGCCGUCCGAGAGGAGUCUCCGUCCAACCUGGCAACGCUCUGCUACAAGGCAGUGGAGAAGCUGGUCCAAGGUGCAAACUCCAGCUGUCCCUCAGAGAAGGAGCGUCACAUCAUCCUGAACUGCACUCGCCUGCUGACCCGCAUCCUGCCAUACAUCUUUGAGGACGCCGACUGGAGAGGUUUCUUCUGGUCCACUGUGCCCGGAGCCGGCAGAGCUGGGCGUUUGGAUGCUGAUAUGGAUGAUGAUGAUGAUGAUUCUCGACCUCUGGCUGAAUCCCUGCUGCUGGCAAUUGCUGACCUUCUCUUCUGUCCAGAUUUCACCGUCCAGACCCACAAAAAGACUGGCCCGGAUUCAGCGGAGGACAUCCAGUCCAUAGACAGCUGUGAAUACAUCUGGGAAGCUGGGGUCGGUUUCGCUCAGUCACCUCCACUGAACUACGUCCAUGACCUCAACAGGACGGAGCUGUUGAAGUUACUCCUCACUUGUUUCUCCGAAGCCAUGUAUCUGCCUCCUUCAUCUGAAAGUAAAAGCCCCAACCCCUGGGUCACCUUCUUCUCCUCCACAGACAACAGACAUGCCCUUCCUCUGUUCACCUCUCUGCUCAACGUGGUCUGUGCCUACGACCCCGUGGGCUUCGGCUUCCCCUACAACCACCUGCUGUUCUCAGACCACCGGGAGCAGCUGGUGGAGCAGGCGGUCCAGAUCCUUAUCGUCACCCUGGAGCACGAAGCCGGGUCGGCCGCCAGCGCUGCCCUGCAGGCCAUGGACACCCCCACAUCCCCCCCGGACAUGGAUGAACAGGAGCCUGCAGGACCCAACAACCUUUUUGUGAAUUAUCUCUCCAGGAUCCACAGAGAAGAGGACUUCAGUUUCAUCCUCAAAGGUCUGGCUCGGCUGCUUAAUAAUCCUCUGAUCCAGACUUACCUUCCUCAUUCGACAAAGAAGAUCCAGUUCUACCAGGAGCUGCUGAUCCUCUUCUGGAAACUCUGUGACUUCAACAAGAAAUUCCUCUUCUUCGUGCUGAAGAGCAGUGAUGUGUUGGACAUGUUGGUUCCCAUCCUCUUCUACCUCAAUGAGGCCAGAGCAGAUCAGUCCCGUGUGGGCCUCAUGCACAUCAGUGUGUUCAUCCUCCUGCUGCUGAGCGGAGAGAGGAACUUCGGAGUCCGUCUGAACAAGCCAUACACUCUCCGUGUGCCCAUGGAUAUUCCCGUUUUCACAGGCACCCACGCAGACCUGCUCAUUGUGAUCUUCCAUAAAAUCAUCACCUGUGGACACCAGCGUCUGCAGCCGCUCUUCGACUGCCUCCUCACAGUCAUAGUCAACAUUUCUCCCUAUCUGAAGAGUCUGUCCAUGGUAGCGGCCAACAAACUGCUCCACCUGCUGGAGGCGUUCUCCACCCCCUGGUUCCUCUUCUCGUCUCCACAGAACAACCACCUGGUGUUUUUCCUGCUGGAGGUUUUCAACAAUAUCAUCCAAUACCAGUUUGAUGGUAACUGUAACCUGGUUUACGCCAUUAUCCGAAAGCGAAACGUCUUCCACCAGCUGGCCAACCUGCCGUCAGAUUCAGCAUCGAUCCAACAAGCUCUGCAGAAGAAGAAGAAGAAACCUGGGAUCUCCAGGACCAGCUCCACAGAGGCCACAGAGGCCAUGGAGGGCUCCAGACCUGCUGUACCUGCAGAACCCGGGACGCUCAAAGCCAGCUUAGAGGCCACGCCAGGAAUCGAUAAAAUAACAGAGAAGUCUCAGGUUAGUGAGGACGGCACCAUGAUCUCCAUUCCACAUUUAAACUCUGCAGUAACGACAGCCGACGGUGGUGGCAGCACCAUCGGUGGAGCUAGCGACACUGAGUCCAACUCUGAGAGAGACCCUGAGGUUUAUCACUCAGAGUCCGAAGUGUCGAGGAGUCGUCUGUCGAGUGUGUCGUCAUCUGCCUGGAGUCCUAAUUCAGACUGGGUGUUAUCGUGGAAGACGAAGCUCCCUCUGCAGACCAUCAUGAGGCUGCUACAAGUACUCGUCCCCCAGGUGGAGAAAAUCUGCAUCGACAAGGGUUUGACGGACGAGUCAGAAAUCCUAAAAUUCCUUCAACAUGGGACACUGGUGGGCCUCCUGCCCGUCCCUCAUCCCAUCCUCAUCAGGAAGUACCAGGCCAACGCCGGCACCGCCAUGUGGUUCCGCACAUACAUGUGGGGAGUCAUUUAUUUAAGAAACGUGGAUCCCCCAGUUUGGUACGACACAGACAUCCGGCUCUUUGAGAUCCAGAGGAUUUAGAGGAAACCUGCUGGCUUUGGAUUUUCUCUCCUUAAACCUUCAUCCAAUAAGAUUCUCCAAUUCACUUGAAUUACACCAGAAGUCAAACAAAAGCAGGAUUUCUCAUCUUUUAUUUUUUUUGUUUCGAUUUUUUGUUUUUAUUUGACUCCAUCAUGGGGUAACUGUUUUUUCCUGUUUUCAGUUUGACAAAAUGAUCUCAAUCUAAGGACCUUUUUUGACAAAUUGAGUUGUCAUGAAAGUUACAGAAAAAUAGUUUGCAUUAAAAUAAUAUUGCCAAUUUCUUUUGCCAAAUAUAAUUAAGUGUCAAUAAUUUAGUUUUGCACAUCACAACUGACCUGUAUCAUUAGCAGAUGCAGCAGAAGCGAAUAUGUUUUGCCAUAUUAGUUCACAGAGGGAACUUUUGGCCUUUUUUAUUUAUUUUACCCUUUCAUAUAUUUGGAGUUUUUGUCAUAUAUGAAGCAGUGGAAUGAAAAAGUAGCCAAAUCGCUUUAUGUAGAAUGCUGCAGUAUUGAAGAGUACUAAAAAGAAACUCAAAAAGACUGACGGGAAGUGUUUUCUGUCAUUUACUGGCACAAAAGAUGCCAUAACAUUAAGAAAAUGCUUUAAAAUGUAAAUGUUGUGAAUGUUAUGUUCAUCGGAGUUUAGAACUGAAGACAUCAGUUUGAGCUCAGAGAAGAAAUAAAGCUUCAAUUUGAAGGUGAAA